AUGCCUCUCCAGAAACACGAAUACCUCUCGUCCGUAUGGCGAGACGGCAUCUUCACCGACAAGGUUGUAUUUUGUACCGGCGGCAACGGCAGCAUCUGUUCCGCGCAGGUGCGGGCACUGGUCCACCUGGGCGCCAACGCAUGCAUCGUCGGUCGCAACGUCGAGAAGACGGAACGCAUGGCCAAGGACAUCGCGACGGCUCGACCGGGUAGCAAGGUCCUGGGAAUCGGCGCCGUGGACGUGCGCAACGUCGAGUCCCUACAGAAUUCGAUCGACACCUGUGUCAAGGAACUAGGGGGGAUUGAUUUCCUAAUUGCCGGCGCAGCAGGAAACUUCCUCGCUCCUCUCGCGCAGCUGUCGCCCAACGCCUUCAAGUCGGUGAUGGACAUUGACAUUCUGGGGUCCUACAACGUGACGAAACUCGCCCUGCCGCACCUCGUGGCGUCGGCGAAGAAGCACAACUCGUCGUCGUCGCUCCCGCACUCGCCGUCCGGCUCGCCCGGCGGCCGCAUCAUCUACGUGUCCGCGACCAUCCACUACACGGGCCUGCCGAUGCAGACGCACGUCGCCGUGGCCAAGGCCGGCAUCGACGCCCUCUCGGCCAACGUGGCCAUCGAGUACGGCCCGCUGGGCGUCACGAGCAACAUCAUCGCCCCCGGCCCCAUCGCCGGCACCGAGGGCAUGGACAGGCUGUCCAAGGAGCACAAGGCCGGGGCCUCGAAUGCGGGCAAGCGCAUCCCCCUGGGGAGGUGGGGGCUGAUCAAGGAGAUCGCGGACGCCACCGUGUUCCUCUUCAGCGACGCCGGCAACUACGUCACGGCCGACAACCUGGUCGUCGACGGCGGUGCCUGGCGGACGUCCGGAGGCUCACCCGGCGGCGACUUUGCCUACCCGGACUUCAUCCUCUCAGGGGCGGAAGUCACUGGUGUGGGUGGCAGUAAGAAGAAGAAGCAGCCUGCUGCCAAACUUUGA